CUGACGUGGACCCUUUUGACCUCUCCAGAAAUUUGGCCCCAACCGACGCUUCCUUCUCAACGAAGCUGCCAACUUUUCACUUUCUCCCCAUCUCUUCACCGUCUCUUGACUCUUUUCUUUCAUCUCCUUGAGGGCCCCCUCCUCAAGUUUCCAAUUCAUCACACCUAAACCGUCGCCAAAACAUGGCGCCCAAGAAAACCAGCAAAGGAGCACGCGGCGGCGGCGGCGGCACCAGCAGCUCCGGCUCCGGCGGUGCUCUCGAACCGCCCAAACCCUUCCGCAUCGCCCCGGACUCGCUCAAACCCUUCACCUCAUCCCUCUCCAAGAAACACGUCUACAUCGCGCACGUCGACCAGAAGCCGGCCUCCUUCAAGCGCAAGAUCUUCUCGGUGCCGAUCAUGCUCAACGCCGCCGUCUUCGCCCUCUUCCUGUGGCGAAUGUGGUACAUCAUCCCCUACUACGUAGCGCUUUUGUCUUCCUCGUUCCUGGGCUACGAGAACUCGACGACGAUCCGCAUGGCCGACCUGACGUACCGACAAUUCUUCGCGGUGGCCGGCCGGCGCACGCUCACCUUCUUGUUCGACUUUCUGAUGGCCGUGUUCGUCUGGCCGUGGCCCAUCGAGUUCGUGUUCGGGCGCAAGCACGGCAGCCCCGUGUCGUGGCGGACCGCGGUCGGGUUCCGCGACAAGGAGAUCUACGUGCGCCGGUCGCGGUCGUGGGACACGCAGGUUUAUGGAGUGGACAUCUUUUCGGAGAAGCCCCAGGGCAACGAGGCGCGCGAGAUUUUGUGGGGAAUGGUCCGCAAUGCGACCUCCCCCAUGCUGCUGCAGGAGAAGACGGGAUACCUGACCAUGAACGGGGACUGGGACUUGGACUGGAAGGCCAUGGUCAAGGCGACUACGUUGGUGGAUAAGAAGGAGAUCCCCCUGGACGCGUUCAGGACGCUGGUGCUUUGCCACCAUGACAAGUUCGGGUGGGUUGCUAAUGACAUGAAUGCCUCCGGGGAGAAUGCGCAGGAGGAUGAGCGCAGGAGACAGGUUUUUGCGUUCCGUGAUGCGCUGGCGGCUAUUGGAAAGGAGAACCUCUUCUAUCGCUGGAUCGAGGUCAUUCAGUUUGAGACCCAGCAGGGCGGCUUUACGCAGGAGAGGCAGCUCAAGGUGGCGCAGCAGAUCAGGGAUCUCUUUAAGGAGAACGGAGUGGACUUUGAUGAGUUCUGGAAGGAGGCUGUUGGGUCGGAUCCUUCAGUUGGGUUAUAAUGACCGAUACAAAAACGGGGAAGAGAGGAGGGGAAAAAGCAACGGCAUAUACAUCACCGGCUGAGUAGACGGGAACAAGGACAUAUUUUACGAGGAACAUACAGAUCAUAAUGCAUAUACAGGUAUACGGGGCUGGACGAAUAAAAGGCACCAGAAGAACCCAAUAAAUUACCGCUGCACGUUCGCUGCGGUCUAUGGAAAGCGAAGAAGAGAC